CAAAACAUUUAUCUUCUAUUCUCCUUCCCUCUUCUUGUCAUUCCAUUUUCCCACUACACUAAAAUCCUCCUCUCCAACCCACAAAAUUUCCCGGGAAACGCUAGGAAAAUAAAAGAAAAAGGAUGGAGUCCAUCAUCCUCAAGUCGACCUUCCUCCCUCCACUUCCGAACCGAAAACCAAAAUCCCAAAAAGCCUCAAAAGCAAACUCCAAAAUGACCAUCAAAUCCUCAAUUCAUUCGGACCCAUGGUCAUUAAGCGACGGCAACGAUAUAUCAAAACCAAAACCCAGAUCCAGAAACCCCAAGAAACCACUUUCGGACGAUAAUGCAAGACGCAUAAUCAAAGCUAAAGCUCAAUACUUGAGCUUGCUACGUAAACACAAGGGACCACAUGUCCAAACACCCAAAUGGAUAAAAAGAACACCUGAACAAAUGGUUAAGUACUUGGAGGAUGAUAGAAAUGGGCAUCUUUAUGGGAAACAUGUGGUUGCUGCUAUAAAGACUGUGAGAGGAUUGGCUGGGAAAAGAGAGGAAGAGAGGAACGUGAGAUUGGUGAUGAGUGGGUUUGUGGGUAAAUUGAGUUUUAGAGAGAUGUGUGUUGUUCUGAAGGAACAGAAAGGUUGGAGAGAAGCUAGAGACUUUUUUUAUUGGAUGAAAUUGCAGAUAUGCUAUCAUCCAAGCGUUAUAGUCUACACAAUUGUUUUACGAACAUAUGGACAAGUUGGAAAGAUCAAGUUGGCUGAACAAACCUUCUUGGAGAUGCUUGAAGCAGGAUGUGAACCCGAUGAAGUUGCUUGUGGUACUAUGUUAUGUUCAUAUGCUAGAUGGGGACGCCACAAGGCUAUGUUUUCAUUUUAUUCUGCUAUACGGGAAAGGGGAAUAACACUUUCAGUUUCAGUUUACAACUUUAUGCUGUCCUCUUUGCAGAAGAAGUCACUUCAUGGCAGGGUCAUAGAAUUAUGGAGGCAAAUGGUGGAUAAAGCAGUGGCACCCAAUACUUUUACUUAUACUGUGGUCAUCAGUUCACUUGUCAAGGAAGGUCUUCAUGAAGAGGCUUUUAAAUUUUUUAAUGAGAUGAAGAACACUGGGCAUGUGCCUGAGGAGGUGACAUAUAGCUUGCUUAUUACUGUAAGUACCAAAAAGGGUAACUGGGAUGAAGCAGGGAGACUAUAUGAGGAUUUGAUAUCUCAUGGACUAGUUCCAAGUAACUUCACCUGUGCUUCACUUCUGACAAUGUAUUACAAAAAUGGAGAUUUUUCUAAAGCUCUUUCUCUCUUUAUGGAAAUGCAAAGCAAGAAAAUUGCAGCUGAUGAAGUAAUCUAUGGACUUCUCAUUAGAAUAUAUGGGAAACUUGGCCUUUAUGAUGAUGCCCAGAAAACAUUUGAAGAGACUGAACAAUUGGGUCUGCUGAGUGAUGAGAAAACAUAUUUGGCAAUGGCACAAGUUCACCUUAGCUCGGGGAAUUCUGAGAAAGCUUUGAGUGUUAUUGAAGUGAUGAAGUCUAGAAAUAUUUGGUUGUCGAGAUUUGCUUAUAUUGUUCUAUUGCAGUGUUAUGUUAUGAAAGAAGAUCUGGACUGUGCUGAAGCUACAUAUCAAGCUCUAUCAAAGACUGGACUUCCUGAUGCUGGGUCUUGUAAUGACAUGCUCAAUUUGUAUCUCAGACUUGACUUGACUGAAAAAGCUAAAACAUUUUUCAUCCAAAUAAGAAAAGAUCAGGUAGAUUUUGAUGAGGAGCUUUACAAGACAGUUACUAAAGUACUUUGCAAGGAGGGCAUGCUAAGCGAUGUUGAACAACUGACUGAAGAGGUGGGUACAAAUGAAUCAUUGAAAGAUAGUAGAUUCUUCCUGACAUUUUUUAAGAUUAUGCAUGGAGAAAACAAGGAAUGUAAACACAUCAUAUCAUUUGAUCAACUUGACACUAUUGCUCUGGGGCUUAUCCUUACUUUGUAUUUGAGACAUGAUAACUUUAGUAAGACCAAAGAGAUCAUAAGGUCGUUGCUUGUGACCUAUGGUGGUUUGUCUACUGUGAAUCAGCUGGUUACCAACUCAAUAAGGGAAGGCGAUGUUUGUAAAGCAGAGAUGAUCAAUGCUCAAGUAACCAUGCUAGGCGGCAGAUUAGAGAAUGACGUAAUUGCUUCUUUGAUUAGUCUAUAUGCUAAGCAACAAAAGCUGAAGCAGGCUCAAGAGGUCUUUGCAGCAGUUGCAGAUUCCCCAGUAUGUGGAAAACCAAUAGUUAACUCGAUGAUUGAUGCAUAUGCCAAAUGUGGUAAGUCAGAGGAUGCAUACUCUCUGUAUAGAGAGGUAACUGAUAGAGGGCUCAAUCUGGGUGCUGUUGGUGUCAGCAUAAUCGUGAAAGCAUUGUCCAAUCGUGGCAAACAUCAAGAAGCAGAAAAUAUUGUUCGCAAGAGUAUUCGGGAAAAUAUGGACCUUGAUACUGUGGCAUACAACAUCUUCAUCAAGGCAAUGCUAGAAGCAGGUAGACUGCAUUUUGCAGCUAGCAUCUAUGAACACAUGCUUUCCUUGGGAGUUACUCCGUCAAUUCAGACGUACAACACUAUGAUUAGUGUUUAUGGACGAGGUGAGAAGUUGGAUAAGGCUGUGGAGAUAUUUAACACUGCUUGCAGCUCGGGUGUCUCUCUGGAUGAGAAGGCAUACAUGAACAUGGUCAGCUAUUAUGGCAAGGCUGGUAAGAGGAAUGAAGCAUCUCUUCUGUUCACCAAAAUGCAGGAAGAAGGGAUAAAACCGGGGAAGGUUAGCUACAACAUUAUGAUCAAAGUGUUUGCCAUAGCUGGACUAUAUCAUGAAGCUAAGGAGCUUUUCCAUGCCAUGCAGAGAGAUGGCUGGCCACCAGAUUCCUUCACUUACCUUUCUCUUGUUCAAGCUUAUACGGAGAGUUUGAAAUACUCGGAAGCAGAGGAAACCAUUGAUGGUAUGCCGAAGAAGGGCGUUCUGCCUUCCUGUUCUCAUUUUAACCACCUACUCUCUGCUUAUGCAAAAGCUGGUCUUAUGGUAGAAGCAGAAAGAGUUUAUAAGAAACUACUGACUUCUGGUUUAAGUCCUGAUCUUGCUUGUUACCGAGCUAUGCUGAGAGGGUACUUGGACUAUGGACAAGUCGAAAAAGGUAUAAACUUUUUUGAGCAGAUCAAGAAGUCUGCAGAAUCCGACCGAUUCAUUAUGAGUGCUGCAGUGCAUUUGUACAAAUUUGCAGGAAAAGAACCCAUGGCUGAAGUUCUUUUGGGAUCCAUGAACAAUUUGAAGAUCUCAUUCCUCCAUAACCUUCAAGUUGGAUCAAAGAUAGUAUCUAAAUAUGCAUCAAAGAUAGCUGUGCAAUGCACUUCACAACUUGGAGAGCAAAGUGACGAAGGAAUUCUCAAUGUUGAUGAGGACCAGUGAUGGAUCAAAUGGUUACACCUCAUUGAUGACUUGCUAUUGCUAUUCCACGAUAUUAUAGAACGCCAGGUCAAUGGAGAUGCUCCAUAUCUAAGUUGAAUGGCCAAUGUGGAGAAAAAAGAAAAAAAGGAACCACAAAAAAGCUUCAUGAUUACAUAUCAUGGCGAUGAGUUGGUGGGUCUGGAGUCCAUACUAUACCGUGUGGAAAAGAGCUCCUCCAGAGAAAGAAGGCAAAUUAUGAGGUGAAGAUAAUUGGCCAUAGGUAGGGGCAUAAUUGUAAGCAGAGAGAAACUGUAUCAUGGCCAGUGUGUCACACGAAGGAGCCCUUCGUUUAUGUCACUGAUGUACCAGAUGAUCUGAUCCGUGAGUAUUUAACACUCGCACCCUCGCUACAGAAGAACCAUCUGAUUUGAUAUAGCGACCAGCAUUAGCCUGCCUACCACAUCUUGUGCUGAAAGUUUUUGGGAAUGGCUAACUUCUAGCAUAAUUCUUUACAAUGGAGUGCUGUACUCAGAAAUACACCAAGGCAAACUAGGCAUUACUUUCUUAAAGACUAUAGGGGAAAUGUGAUUCGGAGUUCCCCCCCCCUAUUUUUUUUUUUUUUUUCUUUUUUCAAUGAUGCUAAUUGUUAAUGUAAAUGCAAAAUUAACAUCUAUUUCUUCAAUGAGAUUUAUAGCACCACGAAUAGUGAAUAUUUCUUGAUUA